AUGUCUGAUAUUGAUACAUCAUCACCUUUGACAUCACGAGUGAUGGACAAUGACUCUGACACAAGUAGCACGAUAUCAUCAUCAACUAUUACUUCGUCAACAUCAUCAAUGUCACCAUCGACGGAAUAUGAUACAAUUGGACAAUUGAUAGAGAUGAUAAAGGUCAUUGGAUAUGGUGUAAGAGAUUCAUUCAAAGUACCAUUGGCAUUCAAGAUAUUGUUACAUUCAAAGACUUUGAAGAAGUUAUAUUAUAACUGCAUACUACUUAAUGGUAUCAUCUUCUUGGGUUCAUACCUUGUCUACCUCUAUUGGGUCGAUCCUACCCUUGAGUACCUUCUUCAACAGUUCCCAAUCCUAUCCAAUAUCUUCUCAAUGAUAUAUUGUUUACUCUGGGUCUAUCCCGUGUAUAUAUUCAGUAUGGUAUUGAACUCUAGAUGGUAUACAGAGAUUGCCGCCGAGGCAUUCCGUAUAACAGGCUUCAAGAAUACUGGCGGACCAACAUCAGUCAAUCGUCUGUUGUCUGGCAUCGUGGAUGAGAUCUAUCGUAACAUCAUGUUUGGAGUAUUCCUCCUUCUAUCAGUGGUCAUUGCAUUCAUACCCUAUACAUCACUCAUCAACUUUGUACUUGUCACCUGGUUAUACUCAUUCUGGUGCUUUGAAGGUCGCUGGACAUUGAUGCAGCGUCUAACAUACUUUGAAUCACAUUGGGCAUAUAUGUUUGGUUAUGGUGCCGUCUUCACUCUUACAUCAUUCUUCUUCCCAGUGCUCAUUGGUAAUGCAAUCUUUGCUCUAUUGUAUCCAAUGUUCAUCAUAAUGUCAGUUGUUGCCAAACCAAUCAAGAUAGUGAAGAAGGGACCAUUACCCAAACAGAUACCUAUAUUCUAUAUACCAGAGAAGAUUGUCAACAUUCUCUUAAAGACCUUUGUCCUCAAGAAGAAUGCCUCAUCAUCAUCAUCGUCGUCCAAGUCAAAUACGGCUCCAUCUACACAACAAUAA